AUGCCCAAGAAGCAUCAUCUACUGAUCCCAAUGCCGUCGCGACGAUCAUCCAAAGCCGAGAAACAAUCGACUUCGGAAAAGACCGAUGAGGUGACUGUGAAUGACCCGUCCCGCCGUAGCUCCAAAGUGAGCAUCUUGAAAGGCAAGAGGGAUCGCAGUCGCGCGAGCAGUCGGCGGUCGCGACGGACACAGGAAGCGGUCACCGCUGAAAAGAGCAACGAGGCGACAACUCCCACCACCCCCGAGAUGAACGACCCUUCAAAGCCCACACAGAAGAAGACUUCUCGAUUCCUCGCCUUUCUGUGCUGCUCGUCUCCGGACGCUGAUGGCGAUGACUCGGCGUUACCGCCGAAGAAGUCGACCAAGUUGCCACCAACUUCAAACCGAUUGCCCACUCCAGACAAAACCGAAGCGCACACCGGUGAUUCAAGUACAGCGGAGUCAAGAGAUCCCGCGUAUUUCGCAGACGAAAAAGCUCAGCCAAUUGUGAGCUCGGAGAACUCCCAGCCGAAGGCCGAAGAGCAUGCGAGCCAUGCCCCUGAAGACGCUCAGACCGAAGGAGCUUCGGCGGCUGCUGGGAAAUCUGAAGCGAAUCCCGCGAACGCAAAGGAGGAGGAAACUACCUCAACGACAGAGAACGGGGUCGUAUCGGAGCCGAAGACUCACGGUGCCGAGCCUCCAAUUCAGGAUAAGCAGACCGUAGGGGACGAAGCACCCCCGGCCGUGGCAGAUGACGCUUCGGCCAAGCAACCUCUGUCCAGUGAUGCAGACGAUUCUGUACAUGAGGAAGAAGUGCCACCUACAACGGUGUUACCUCCACCUCCUCCUCUGCCGGUCCCUGAGGCACCCAGUGCCCCGGAUGCAGACGAUCAGCGAUGGUUGCUCCCGCCACCGCUGCCGCAUCUCCAGAAUCGAAAGUGUUUGGUUCUGGACCUUGAUGAGACGCUAGUUCAUAGCAGCUUCAAGGUAAGAAAUCCCAACCAUCAUGAGAGACAAGUUGGUUGUGUGCAAGGAAACUUACCAUUGAUCCAGGUUUUGGAACGAGCGGACUUUACAAUUCCCGUUGAGAUCGAGGGUCAGUACCACAAUAUCUAUGUGAUUAAGCGUCCUGGGGUCGAUCAGUUCAUGAAGCGAGUCGGCGAACUUUACGAAGUGGUAGUUUUUACCGCUUCAGUCUCCAAGUAUGGUGAUCCCUUGCUGGAUCAACUGGACAUCCACAAUGUUGUCCACCACCGUUUGUUCCGUGAGAGCUGUUACAAUCACCAGGGGAAUUAUGUCAAGGUAUGCUCCUUCAAUCUCCUUGAAAUGGUCAUGGCCAUUGCUAACUCUGAAAAGGACCUUUCCCAGGUCGGUCGUGACCUUCGGGAGACGAUCAUCAUCGACAAUUCCCCCACGUCCUACAUUUUCCACCCACAACAUGCGAUCCCGAUCAGCAGCUGGUUCUCUGACGCUCAUGACAAUGAGUUACUCGACCUAAUCCCCGUUCUUGAGGAUCUUGCCGGCCAACAAGUCCAAGAUGUCAGCAUGGUCCUGGACAUUACUCUGUGA